UUUCUUUUCAUUUAGGCAAAUUCGAGCGAUCCAAUCGAGUCCUGCUUAUGGCUUAAACAUUAAUUAAUGUUGCAUUAUUAAUUUUUAAUAUUUUGUUAUUGUUAAAAACACACUAUGUAAAAUAAAAAUGUUAGACCACAUUCAAACAUAAUUUUGACAAUAAAAUGAAUAAAAAUAUUUUAUUGGUAAAAGUGCAUGAUGAUGAUGGCCCCUGGUCUGGACAGAUCAUUGUGUCACUUAAAUAUGUUUCGUAAGGGCGGGAUUGUGCUGUGUGUCUACUCUGGGCUCCCAUACUUCUGCACGCGUUUUGUUUUUUUAAAUGUAAAUGUGAGUGUCGACCUCUGCUUUCUUCUUAAAUCAUUGACAAUAGCUAGCUUUAAAAAGUGUCUGUUUUCUAGUCGAUAUUUUUUUUAUUAUUACACCUGUAAGGCAGUUAAGGCUGAAUCUUUGCUUGCUUUCCUUAUGUUCAAUUGAGGCACGAACGAAGCCCUCGGUUGUGUUUGCCUGUGAUUACCUUUCUUUUCCACAGAGUUCGUUCUUUUAACAUAAAUAAUAUAUACAAGAUGCGCAUUUGUUGGCUUGUAAGGAAAGAUGGCAUCCACAAACCAAUCCGAUUACCUCACCUAGAAACAGUUGUCUUGGGUCGAGGUCCAGAAACGACAAUAAAAGACAAAAAGUGUUCUCGGGAGCAAGUUCAGCUGAAAGCAGAUUACAACAAAGGAUACGUUAGUGUGAAACAGCUGGGUGCGAACCCCACAAGUGUGGAUUCUGUGGCUGUGGGCAAGGGCAACGAGGUGAAGCUAAGGCCCGGCCAGCUCAUGCACGUCGUCAACCAGCUGUACCCGUACACCGUGCGGUUUUCGGAGGAAAAAUCCGAACCUGGUGUUGAACGCAGGGGACAUCAAGGCACCAAAAGGCCCCAGCAAUCCAGGUCAGAAGAAGAAGGUGUGGAUGCUGGGAUGCACAGCCAAAAGGUUGCAAGACUCAUUGUCCAGAACGCCUCAAACCCUGGCAAGCUUGCAGGAGCUAGCAGCACAGUUCCUUUGAAAACAAUUUCGGACACACCACGCAAGACGCAGGAGACCUCAGGACACUGGAGCCAAGGACUGAAAGCCUCCAUGCAAGAUCCCAAAAUGCAGGUUUACAAAGAUGAUAUGGUGGUGGUCAUCAAGGAUAAGUACCCUAAAGCCCGUCACCACUGGCUAGUUCUGCCCUGGGAGUCCAUUGCCAGCUUGAAGGCCCUGCGUGCUGAACACUGCAGUCUGCUGCGCCACAUGCAUCACGUGGCUGAGAGGAUGGUGGAGCAGUGCCCCGACGCCAGUAAGCUGCGCUUCCGUCUUGGAUAUCAUGCUAUCCCAAGCAUGAGCCAUGUCCACCUUCAUGUAAUCAGCCAAGACUUUGACUCGCCUUGUCUCAAAAAUAAGAAACACUGGAAUUCCUUUACAACUGAGUAUUUCUUAGAAUCACAAGCUGUUAUUGAAAUGCUAGAAAAAGACGGGCAGGUAACAGUGAAGGAUGGGGCCAGUGAGUUACUGAAAUUUCCACUCCGAUGCCAUGUGUGUCAUAAAGAGCUGUCCACCAUCCCUCAACUCAAAGAGCACCUCAGAUCUCACCUGCCCAGGUGAAGGACUGGUGAAGAAUGGGCCAGGGGUUUUGUACUGCCCUUCUGAAGACCGAAAGAGGGCAAGCAGAAAAUUUGAAUAUCAUACAAGUGUGACCAAGGGGGGUUACUCGUGGCAUGCACUUUUUUUUCCCCGUCACUGAACAGUAGGCUCAUGCUGCAUAAAUACAAUUCCCACAAACUGCUUUUAAAAUUCUGAUUUCAAAAAGUAAGAAAUAUAUAAUUUUUUAUUUUCAUUCACAUUUGGUAACUUAUCUACUUGUAUGAGCAAAUAUAGGCAUAUAAGUGGUGAAAAAUUAUCUUUCAUUGUUUUGGAAUUGUUUCAG